CUCCUACCAGUUAGCUUAAAGCAGCAGCCAUCUCUCUCUGCAACAGAUCUCAAUCAUCACUCUCUCAUCUCCAAUGGCGAUUUCAUGAUUUCUACUCGUAUUAGCAUCUCUGCUCAGAAAUUUUAGAAGCAGAAUCCGUUUCUUCCCAGCUAAAGAUGCGAGAGUUCAAAAGCGCAAAGAGCUACUCAGAAACAGGCAAUCUUCUCUUUCUCUGAGAACAAUGAAGAAAAUCGGGUGAUUUUUAAUAUAUAUGUACAUAUUUUUGAAUUUGGGAAGAAGAAGAAGAAGAAGAAGUAGGGGUUAGGAGAAUGGCAACGAGACGGGGCCUGGAUCAUCAGCCGUCGCGGCGGCUUCAGCGGACGCAGACUGCAGGCGUUUUGGGGGAGUCCAUCUUCGACAGUGAGGUUGUCCCGUCUUCGCUUGUUGAGAUCGCUCCGAUCCUUCGUGUCGCCAACGAAGUCGAAUCCAGCAACCCUAGGGUUGCUUAUCUCUGUCGAUUCUAUGCCUUCGAGAAAGCUCACAGGUUGGAUCCCACGUCAAGUGGACGUGGUGUUCGACAAUUCAAAACUGCACUUCUACAGCGUCUUGAAAGGGAAAAUGAUCGAACGUUAUCGGGAAGGGCGAAACAAAGUGAUGCACGAGAAAUGCAGAGCUUCUAUCAUCAUUACUACAAGAAAUAUAUCCAAGCAUUGCAUACAGCUGCUGAUAAAGCUGAUCGUGCUCAGCUUACCAAAGCCUACCAAACUGCCUCUGUCCUGUUUGAUGUUUUGAAGGCUGUCAAUCUAACACAGGCUGUUGAGGUUGAUCAUGAGAUUUUGGAAGCUCAACAAAAAGUUGCUGAAAAGAAGGAGAUUUAUGUGCCUUACAAUAUUCUUCCUCUUGAUCCUGAUAGUGCAAAUCAGGCUAUUAUGCAAUAUCCUGAGAUUCAAGCUGCUGUUUUUGCAUUACGUAACACUAGGGGUCUUCCAUGGCACAAAGACCACAAGAAGAAGGUAGAUGAAGACCUCCUUGAUUGGCUUCAGGCUAUGUUUGGGUUUCAGAAGGACAAUGUCGCCAAUCAAAGGGAGCACUUGAUUUUGCUACUUGCAAAUGUUCAUAUACGGCAAUUUCCAAAGCCUGGUCAAGCACCAAAGUUGGAGGAGGCUGCACUGACGGAAGUCAUGAAGAAACUGUUCAAGAACUACAAGAGGUGGUGCAAGUACUUGGACCGCAAGAGUAGCCUUUGGUUGCCAACUAUUCAGCAAGAAGUGCAGCAACGCCAACUAUUAUAUAUGGGUUUAUAUCUUCUUAUAUGGGGUGAAGCAGCAAACUUGCGAUUCAUGCCAGAAUGUCUUUGCUAUAUCUAUCACCACAUGGCAUUCGAACUUUAUGGAAUGCUCGCUGGGAAUGUCAGUCCAAUGACUGGUGAAAAUGUCAAGCCAGCCUAUGGAGGCGAUGAUGAAGCUUUUCUAAGAAAAAUUGUCACUCCAAUUUAUAAAAUUAUAGCCAAGGAAGCUGUAAGGAGCAAAAAAGCAAGAUCAAAGCAUUCACAGUGGAGGAACUACGAUGAUAUAAAUGAAUACUUUUGGUCAGUCGAUUGUUUCCGCUUAGGUUGGCCGAUGCGGGCCGAUGCUGAUUUCUUUUGUCAGCCUCUGGAAGAGCUUCUUGCUGAUAAAAAUGGAGAUAUGCUUGAUAAUUUCCAGGAGAGCAGAACCCCUAACAGGGAUCGAUGGGUGGGCAAGGUUAAUUUUGUUGAGAUACGCUCAUUCUGGCACAUCUUUAGAAGUUUCGAUAGAAUGUGGAGCUUCUUUAUCUUGUGUUUGCAGGCAAUGAUUAUAAUUGCCUGGAAUGGGUCAGGUUCACCAAGUGCUGUGUUUGAAGGUGAUGUUUUCAAAAAGACGUUGAGCAUCUUUAUAACAGCUGCAGUAUUGAAGCUUGGACAAGCUGUCCUUGAUAUAAUCCUGAGCUGGAAAGCAAGGAGGAGCAUGUCAUUUCCGGUUAAGCUUAGAUAUAUCUUAAAGGUGGUUUCAUCUGCCGCAUGGGUGAUAGUUUUGCCAGUGACUUAUGCUUACACCUGGGAGAAUCCUUCUGGACUAGCAAUGACCAUAAAAAGAUGGAUUGGAAAUAGCAACAGUGCGCCUUCAUUAUACAUUUUGGCUGUUGUUAUUUACUUGUCGCCAAAUAUGCUCGCCAUCUUGUUGUUUCUGUUGCCCUUCUUAAGGCGCCAUCUUGAAAGGUCAAAUUACAGGAUCAUAACACUCAUGAUGUGGUGGUCUCAGCCUCGGCUUUAUGUAGGAAGGGGAAUGCAUGAGAGCACAUUCUCACUCUUCAAGUACACUAUGUUCUGGGUUCUUCUUUUAAUAACAAAGUUGGCAUUUAGUUACUACAUUGAGAUAAACCCGCUUGUGGGUCCAACAAAAAUCAUCAUGGAAAUUCCAAUAAGAAAUUUCCAAUGGCAUGAAUUCUUUCCACGAGCCAAGAACAAUCUAGGUGUUGUGAUAGCACUGUGGGCGCCUAUCAUUCUUGUUUAUUUUAUGGAUACCCAGAUUUGGUAUGCAAUUUUUUCCACGUUAUUUGGAGGUCUUUAUGGGGCUUUCCGUCGUCUUGGAGAGAUCCGAACAUUGGGGAUGUUAAGAUCAAGGUUUCUAUCAUUGCCGGGUGCUUUUAAUGCUGGUUUGAUUCCUCAAGAUAAGUCUGUGACUAAAAGGAAGGGGCUGAAGGCCACAUUAUCUCGCAAAUUUGAUGAGAUCCCGAGUGGUAAGGAGAAAGAGGCAGCGAAAUUUGCCCAACUAUGGAACAAAAUUAUCAGUAGUUUCAGAGAGGAAGAUCUAAUAAGUGACAGGGAAAUGGAUUUGUUGCUUGUUCCAUAUUGGGCAGAUCGAGAUUUAGACCUUAUCCAAUGGCCUCCAUUCUUACUUGCCAGCAAGAUCCCAAUCGCCUUAGAUAUGGCCAAGGAUAGCAAUGGUAAGGACCGUGAGCUGAAAAAGAGAAUCAAUUCAGAUAAGUAUAUGAGUUGUGCCAUCCGCGAGUGCUACGCAUCAUUUAGAAACAUUAUUAACUACUUAGUUGAAGGGCAACGUGAGAAAGAGGUCCUAAAAAUUAUGUUUGAUGAAGUUGAAAAGCACAUAAGGGACGGCAAUCUUAUAAGUGAAUUGAAUAUGAGUGCUCUUCCCAGUCUCCAUGACCACUUUGUUAAGCUGAUUCAAAUUUUGCUAGGGAAUAAACAAGAAGACAGGGAUCAGGUCAUCCUUCUAUUCCAGGAUAUGCUGGAGGUUGUGAAUAGAGACAUUAUGGAGGAACGGUUUACCAGUCUUUUAGAUUCAAGCCAUGGUGUGCCUUUCGGAAGGUAUGAGGGGAUGGCACCACUUGAUCAACAGUAUCAGUUGUUUGCAUCAUCUGGAGCAAUCAAGUUUCCAUUGACACAAUCAGAAGCUUGGAAAGAAAAGAUCAAAAGGUUACAACUGCUGCUCACUGUGAAGGAGUCUGCCAUGGAUGUGCCAUCCAAUCUAGAAGCCAGAAGACGGAUUUCGUUUUUCACAAAUUCUUUGUUUAUGGAUAUGCCAACAGCACCCAAAGUUCGAAACAUGCUUUCAUUCUCUGUUUUGACCCCCUACUAUAACGAGGAGGUUCUUUUCUCUCUUCGCGAGUUAGAAGAGCAGAACGAAGAUGGAGUUUCUAUUCUUUUUUACUUGCAGAAAAUCUACCCAGAUGAAUGGGCCAAUUUUCUUGAGCGCAUGGGCAAAACUGAAGAAGAACUCAGGAGAGAUGAGGAACUGGAAGAACUUCGUCUUUGGGCAUCAUAUAGAGGCCAAACUUUAACGAGAACUGUUAGGGGCAUGAUGUAUUACCGGAAAGCUUUGGAGCUUCAGGCUUUCCUAGAUAUGGCCAAAGAUGAAGAAAUAAUGGAUGGCUAUAAGGCAGCUGAGCUAACCUCAGAGGUUCAGGGGAAAAUGGAAAGAUCUUUGUGGGCGCAAUGUCAAGCUGUAGCUGAUAUGAAGUUCACAUAUGUGGUGUCAUGCCAACAAUACGGGAUUCAGAAACGAUCUGGUGAUGCUCGUGCCCAGGAUAUUCUGAGGCUUAUGACGACAUAUCCUUCUCUCCGCGUUGCUUAUAUUGACGAAGUUGAAGAAACUAUCAAGGAUAAAUCUAAAAAGGGGGAUGAGAAGGUGUAUUAUUCUGCUUUAGUGAAGGCUUCUAUGGGAAAGGCUGAGAAUCCUGAUGAGCCAGUGCAGAAUCUAGACCAGGUUAUUUAUCGGAUAAAGCUUCCGGGUCCUGCUAUUUUGGGUGAGGGAAAGCCAGAAAAUCAAAAUCAUGCCAUUAUUUUUACUCGUGGAGAAGGGUUGCAGACAAUUGAUAUGAAUCAGGAUAAUUACAUGGAAGAGGCCUUCAAAAUGAGGAACUUACUGCAGGAAUUUCUUAAGAAACAUGAUGGUGUGAGGCAUCCUUCAAUACUUGGGCUAAGGGAACAUAUAUUUACUGGCAGUGUUUCUUCUCUUGCAUGGUUUAUGUCAAAUCAAGAAACCAGUUUUGUAACUAUUGGGCAGAGAUUAUUGGCAAAUCCAUUGAAGGUCCGUUUUCACUAUGGCCAUCCAGACGUGUUUGAUAGACUAUUUCACCUCACGAGGGGUGGUGUGAGCAAGGCAUCGAAGGUCAUCAAUUUAAGUGAAGACAUAUUUGCAGGCAUGUUCAAAUUCAGUUUCUCUUGUUUUCAAGUUGGAAAAUUUUGUGUGAACUUCAUUGAAAUGUGUUAUGCUUCGUGUGGCUAUGGCAUGGCAGGUUUCAAUUCUACACUUCGUGAAGGAAAUGUAACUCAUCACGAAUACAUGCAAGUUGGCAAAGGGAGGGAUGUGGGUCUUAACCAGAUCUCACUAUUUGAGGCAAAGAUAGCCUAUGGCAAUGGUGAGCAGACAUUAAGUCGUGAUAUAUACAGGCUUGGACACCGUUUUGAUUUCUUCCGGAUGCUGUCAUGUUAUUUCACUACCAUCGGUUUCUACUUCAGCACCUUGGUGACUGUGCUCACAGUAUAUGUAUUUCUGUACGGUCGCCUUUAUCUUGCUCUCAGUGGACUUGAAAGAGAGCUGUCCCAACAAGCGGCAAUUCGAAACAACAAGCCUCUUCAAGUGGCUCUUGCUUCACAGUCUUUUGUGCAACUUGGGUUUUUGAUGUCCCUGCCCAUGAUGAUGGAGAUUGGCCUGGAAAGAGGAUUCCGCACCGCACUAAGUGACUUCAUACUGAUGCAAUUACAAUUGGCUCCUGUCUUCUUUACAUUUUCUCUUGGGACCAAGACCCAUUAUUAUGGAAGGACUUUGCUUCAUGGGGGCGCUGAAUAUAGAGGUACAGGUCGUGGAUUUGUGGUCUUCCAUGCCAAGUUUGCCGACAACUACAGGUUAUAUUCCCGCACCCACUUUGUGAAGGGAAUUGAGCUGAUGAUUCUGCUACUUGUGUACCAUAUCUUCGGUCACACAUAUAGAAAACCGGUUGCGUAUAUCUUGAUCACUUUUUCUGUAUGGUUCAUGGUGGGCGCGUGGCUUUUUGCUCCAUUCCUCUUCAAUCCUUCGGGUUUUGAGUGGCAAAAGAUUGUUGAUGAUUGGAGUGAUUGGAACAAAUGGAUAAGCAACCGGGGAGGAAUUGGUGUGCCUGCAGAAAAAAGUUGGGAAUCAUGGUGGGAGAGUGAGCAAUUGCAUCUUCGAGAUUCGGGACUGCGUGGGAUCAUCACAGAGAUCGUGUUGGCGUUGCGCUUCUUUAUCUACCAAUAUGGGCUUGUUUAUCACUUAAGUAUAACGAAACAGAAUAGAAGUGUUUUGGUCUAUGGCGUCUCAUGGCUCGUGAUCAUAGCAAUGUUACUUGUGAUGAAGACUGUGUCCGUGGGAAGGAGGAAAUUCAGUGCAAACUUUCAGCUUGUGUUCCGGUUAAUCAAAGGUCUUAUCUUCCUGACAUUUGUUUCCGUUCUGAUCACAUUGAUAGCGCUCCCCCAUAUGACGGCACGAGACAUCAUCGUAUGCAUUCUCGCAUUCAUGCCAAGUGGAUGGGGGUUGCUUCUGAUUGCCCAAGCCUGUAAGCCGGUUGUCCAAAAGGCUGGCUUAUGGGGGUCAGUUAGGGCACUAGCUCGAGGCUAUGAAAUCAUCAUGGGUUUGCUUCUGUUCACACCUGUUGCAUUCCUGGCAUGGUUCCCCUUUGUCUCGGAAUUUCAGACCCGUAUGCUGUUCAACCAAGCCUUCAGCAGAGGUCUUCAGAUCUCCCGUAUUCUUGGUGGACAGAAGAAGGACCGGGCGUCCAAUAACAAAGAGUAAAAACAGCCUACCCGAUUGGCCAUUUCAAAUAUGGUAAGGGAACUCCACCCAAUUUUCUCAAUGUAUCUGAUAAUAUCAUUAGGUCCCUCUACAAUUACCUGUUCAUAUAGACAUUUGUAUUUGUAUUUAUAACAGAUACCAUAGUUUGAGAGAGAAUUGGGUAGUGCUUGUUUAUGAAAUUUAACUCCAUUACCCAUAUCUCAGAUUGAUUUUCAA